CAAGUACAGUGUUGUAUAGUAGGAGGCAAUCCUGGAAAUAUUCAGAGGUAGUGACUUCUAUCCUGCCAUGAAUCUUGAGGGAGAGUUUCCCAGGUGGACAAGGUGGGGUGGGAGAGAUCUUCUAGGUGGAGGGAACAUAUCAUGGAGAUGAAAUACCUUGAUGAGGUUCAGGAGAGGUUGGCAUCUAUGAACUUGUGGGCAGUAGGAAGCCCUGAGGUGUGAGUAGGCUGGGGCAGAAUUGAAUUUCUGCUUUAGAGGGAUCUCCUGCAUGUCAGCAUGGAGGGUGGAUUUAGGGUUGAGCGUGGGGGUGGGCACGAGGUCAAAGGCAGAGAUACCAAUCAAGAGGUUACUGUGAUAGUCUAGGAAAGAAAUGAUGAGGCUCUUUCUCAUUUUGUCUUUCAUUCAAAACUCAAACUCUCCCUAAACGUUUCCAUAUAAAUUUCAAAUAGCCCAAAUCCUAAAACACGGUUCAAAUCUCUAACACUAGUCAAUUUAAAAGGCUAUAAAAUGAAUCUUCCAGAUCUUAAGUCAAAAUAGUAAAAGUAGCAAUCUUUAAGAAGCAAGAGAAAAAAACCACCAUGAGACUCCAGGCUUGGAGACGAUUUGGCUCCCUAUCAAUUGGCUGAAACCCAUUUCUGCUAAGGUUGAUUCCUCUGGCUGGAAAAUUCCUAGACUAUUAUUUAUAUGAUUGAGAAUCAGAAAUCCAAGCCCCAUGAAAAUAACAUAAAAAUGGAGGCUGUGUGCUUUGAAUUUACUCUAAUUCUCAGUCUUUUGGCACUGGUUUCAUGGACCAAUAUACAACAGUAGGAGGCAUUAUCUGAACAUAGUUGGGAAAUGUUCAUUCCUAGGGAAUGACAUUAUUUCCUUAUCUGGCUGAAUUCAGCCUGAGAAGGAGGACUGUUGUUUCUAAUGAAGAAAGAGCUCCACCCUCGGCCAGUGCCACAGCUGCUCUGCCAAUGAAUAAGAGCAAAGCAUUUUCCCUCUUUGUGUAUCUCCAACAUGGAUGCUUUUCAGGGGAUUUUAAAAUUCUUCCUUAACCAGAAAACUGCUAUUGGCUACAGCUUCCUGGCUCUGCUGACCGUGGGAGGUGAGCGUCUCUUUUCACUCGUGGCUUUUAAGUGCCCCUGCAGCACUGAGAAUAUGGUCUAUGGGCUGGUUUUCCUUUUCGCUCCCGCCUGGGUGUUACUGAUCCUGGGAUUCUCUCUGAACAACCGGUCCUGGAGACUCUUCACAGGCUGUUGUGUGAAUCCCAGGAAAAUCUUCUCCAGACGUCACAGCAGCCGCUUCUUCUGUGUCCUCAGCCAGAUCACUCUGAGUUCGUUGGUGGCACCAAUGAUGUGGCUUUCUGUGGCUUUGCUCAAUGGGACUUUUUAUGAAUGUGCCAUGAGCGGGACGAAAAGUUCAAGCCUCCUGGGACUGAUUUGCAAGGGCAAGCCCAAAGAGUGCUGGGAAGAACUUCACAAAGUAUCUUGUGGCAAGACCAGCAUGACACCCACAGACAAUGAAGAAUUGAAACUGUCCCUGCAAGCCCAGUCUCAGAUUCUAGGAUGGUGCCUGAUUUGUUCAGCAUCCUUCUUCUCUCUGCUCACCACCUGUUAUGCUCGCUGCCGAUCCAAAGUUAGCUACCUUCAGCUGAGUUUUUGGAAGACCUACGUACAAAAAGAGAAGGAGCAUUUGGAAAACAUGUUCCUGGAGUACGCCAACAAGCUGAGUGAGAGAAACCUGAAAUGCUUUUUUGAAAACAAGAGGCCAGAUGUCUUCCCCAUGCCCACCUUUGCAGCCUGGGAGGCUGCUUCAGAGCUGCAUUCUUUUGACCAAAGCCGGCAACAUUACAGCACCCUCCAUAAGGUGGUGGAAGACGGUCUGGAGCUUAGCCCUGAGGUCGAUGAGACCACGAUGGUCCUUGUGGGUACUGCCCACAAUGUUUAGUUCAUCCAUCAUCACUGACUCACGGUGUCCAGGAGUACACUCAUUCUGACAUCUUCCUGCUGCAUCAACAGCAACUUGUAGAUCUGUUUUCCUCACAUUUAGUGCUCCUUUAUAAGACAAUAAUACAAAGGGAAGCAGCUUUGCAGCUCCCCAGUGCAGAUGGUGUCAGGAUGUGUUUAAACUGAUGCUGAGCAACUGGUCAAGGAUGAUGACAAAGGUGCUCUUCCAUUGGUUGGGGGUUGGGCUCAGCCACUUCAAGUUCUGAGAUUUUAUGAUUCGACACUGAGAUUCAUACAAGAAGGUCUGCCACUCUAUAAAUAUUGGUCAUGGCAUCUGGGGACAGAAGCGGUGACUUGUGAGUGAGGUACUCAACAUAGAUUGUUGUGCAGGGUGAGACCUGUGGUGUAGUCAGUGGGAGUCCUUGUCCUAUAAAUCUAUCUUAUCGCCUUUCAAGGAUGUAUGAAAUUCUACCAUUUCAAAUUCAUUCCCUUGGAAUCUGAAGAUAUCAGUUCUCAACAAUAACCAAUUGAGAGGAUAUGGUUCCUAAAAUUCAGAGCUUAUCACAUGUUUCCACUGUGUACUGAAAGAAUGUCCCUACAGGCAGGGCUGUAUUAUGACUCGUGUGGGUCCUAGGCACUUUUGCCUUCAUGGACCCUGUCUACAUUAAAAAAUACACACACACAUAUAUUUAUAACUGUAUUGAUAUAAAGACAUGUUAAUAUUAUAUAUUAAAACAUUUUCUUCAACCUUCAUUUAUUUAUUUCCUUCUGAUUUUAAACGAAAUUAAAAACACUUUUGUGGGACCCUGCAAGUAUCAUGGGCCCCAGGCACAGUCACUACUGUGAUGAAUGGGUAAGUUGACCCUGCCUCGAGGUCUGGGGAAGCUAUUCAAAGCAGUGAUGGUGUAAAACUGUUUUGUGGUUUUACAUUUAUAAUAAAUAAUGCAAAUUUUGCAACCUACUAUGUAAUAUAUCCAUAUUAGUUUAAAUAUAUACACUUUUAAAAAUUCUCCCUAAAUCUCUGAGUAGAACUGAUGCUUAAGGAAGAGGCACCAUGUUUUAUGCUGUGGCUCACACCUUAUAUCACUGGCAGUCCUUGUCUCCUAUUUUGAGAAUCUUGGGGAUUAACUCCUUACUGCCAUGGAACAUUAUUGAAAACUAGGGGGAGGACCCUAUAGAUUUUAGACCUGGAUCAUAUCCUUGGGAACUCAAAGGUGCAGGGUCAGAUGUGUGUGUGUAGGUAGAAGAGUGGGAGGUGGGGGCUGUGAGGUUGCAAUAUUUGAAAUCUUAUUUGGGUUGUAAAUAUGAUAUGUGAUAAAUGUUUACCAACUGGCUCUCAAAAAAGAAAAGAAGCCCUGAGUUGAAGUGUUUGAUAUGGUGUAACUUCAAGUUGCCAAGGUGAUAUCACUGAAUGCAGAGUUAGGAAGAGAUGCUAACCAUGGCUCUCUUGAGCCAGUAUGAGCUUUCAAGGAAGGUAUUAUAGAUAGUGUGCCUUUGCAUUUACAUUGAUUCUAGCCAAACCAACUUUGGUGCAUCUGGGAUUCACUUUAAUAAAACCUAACUGUGAUAAAUUAAAGCUGGCUCAAUGGCUCCAGCUGAGAGAUGGGGUCACAUUCUUCUCCUCACUACCAACCUUGAAUCUAGUCUUAACAAACCAAUAGAAUGUACAGAAGUGAAGGCAGAUUAUGGAAGUGUUGCAGCCUAUGCCUUGGUCUCUGGCAAUGCUCACCCUGGUGGAAGCCAGAACCAUGUAAGAAGUCCAAUUACUUUGAGAGCUGCAAGCCCUGAAGAAGUUCAACCUAGCCAAGUGGAGAGACAGAGAGAAAAGAGACAGGGAGUGAGAAAGAGAAAAAGAGAGGGAGCGACAGAGUCCUGGCUAGACCCAACUGUUCCAAUCAUUCCGGAUUAGGUGCCAGACAUGUGAGCAAAGAAACCAUUUUGGACAUUCCAGCCUCAAGAGACAAGACAUGGCGAAGAACCGGGCAACCCAACCAACAGCCACAACAAAGGUCCCAGAUCUUUGCUCCUAGUGAAGUCACUUUAGACAUCCAGACUUUUGAGCCACUCCAUCUCAGGCUGCAGACAUGGUAGAGCAGUCUGCACUAUGUCCUGUCCAAAUCCCUGAGCCAGAAAAUCAUGAGCUUAAAUGAAUGUUUCUUGUUUUAAGCCCUCAAAUUUGGAGGCAGUUUGAAGCAGUAGAUAGCCCGAACACCAACACAUGAAAAUCAGAAUUUAUUAAAGGAGAGAAGUUAGAGGCCAAUUGGAUUUAUACAUAGAUUUAUAUGAAGAUUAUCUCUAUGCAUAGGCUUUUCCUUAAUAAUUUUUCCCUCUAGAAUCCAGUCAGCAGUAUAUCCUCUAUGAAAUGAUUUGAUAGAUGUUGAGUAGGUACCUCUCCAUAAUGGCUCCACCAAAGCCUGAGAUUCCUUUUUAAUUAUUUCUGGUUAAACUUGGUUUAAAAGGAAUAUACUUCUGUGCAUUAAAUUCUGUUUAAAAUAACAUGUUACUGAGAGGAGCAACAUUAUUUGUCAUUAAUACCUAGACAAAAAUGGGAGUGGAGGAUACAGGAUAGGUUGGCCUUGAGUAAGCUGGAAACAGAUUGGUCUUCUCGUUUGGCUCCUCAGAAUGUCGUCUUCAGAUCAUCAGCAUCAGCAUCAAGAAGGACCUCGUCAGAAAGGCAGAACUACGGCCCCAUUCCGACCUGUUGAAUCAAGCCUGCAGUUUCACGUGAUUCCUGUGUAAUUUCAAUGUAGAUGUGCCAGAGCCCUGUUCUCAAACUUUAGCUCACAUCAAAAUCAUCUGGAGGGCUUGUGAAAAUGUGGACUGCUGAGCCCUAGCCCCAGAGCGUCCCAUUUGGUAGGUCUGGGUUAAGGCAGGAGGAUUUGCAUUUCUAACGAGUUCUCGGGUGACGCUGACGCCGUUGUUCCAGAGAGCACAUCUUGGGAACAACUCCUCUAAAGCACAAAGCAGCCCACACUGGGGAACACAGGAAGAUAGGGCCUCACCCCAGAUCUACCGAAUCAGACCUCUUUGUCAUGUUGCUAUCAACCUGAUAAGAACAUGGGGUGCCUUUCCAUUUAUUCAAGGCUACCUUUUGUCCUUAGGAGUAUUUUAAAGUCUUCCUUACUUAAGUUUUGCAAGUUUCUUGUACUUGUAGGUAUUUUUCUUUGCUGCUAUUGUAAACAGUUUCUUUUUUCCAACGUAUCUUCUAAGUGAUGGUUAUUUGAGUACAUGAAAAAGCUAUUGCUUUGUGCAUAUCAAUUUUAUACCUCUCUACUGAUUCUUUUAUUCUCUUAUUUUUUGUAGAGCUUUUCAGAAUUAGAAAAUAACCAUUUUGCAACCCCUAAUGACAUAAUACAUCUGGACAAUAGAUAAUGAAUUCUAAACUACUAGGUGAAAGCAUGAAAGGGUGAGGACCACGCAACUUGAAGCCACUUAUCUAUCUUAGCAUCCCUAAAAAUGGGACAACCAGAUAUCAUGUGUCUCCUAAUGAGAUGCAAUGCAAGAGUAAGUACACGGUACCAUCUGUGAAAUCUUUGUUUCCCCAAAAAACUAAAUCUGAAUCUAAUGAAGUAUUUAGACCUAACUACUAGUUUACAGGGAAUAUAGGCAACAGAAAACAAGUUAAUUAGCACUAUGAGAAAGUAACCGAGUAAAUCUAGAAUAUCAGACAUUCUAUUUGACAUAUGACCCAGUUUUCCACAGACCAAUGACAUAAAAAAAAAGGAGAAUAAAAGAGACAUAACAACCAGAAGCAACACGUGGGCCUUAUUUGUAUCCUGCUUUAAAGAACCAAAUGUAACAGGAUAUCUUUGAGAUUAUUUAGGGAAAUAUGAAUGGGGAAUAGGGAAAUAUUAUUACAUAUUCUCUUUACAUUUGUUUAUGUUUGAAAAAUUUCACAAUAGUUUUGCAAAGAAAUAAAUUAUAUGCUCAACUCAGUUCUUUUGCUGAAAUUUUGUCAAUCUAUUCCUUCUGGCCUGGAGUUUACCCUCUAGUAUUAUUCUCAGAAAAGGUCUCAGGAACACUGUUUCCUGAAUUCUUACAUAUUCAAACUAUUGACCUGUACUUGAAGGGCGGCUUAUCUGGUUCAUGCUUUCUAUACAUUUUAAGUGUUAAUAUAGCUCUAUAUUUUAAGUGUUACUCCAUUAUCUUUCACCACUGAACGUUGCUAAGGAAAAAUCUGAUUCCAUCCUGAUUUAUUACUAAUGUGAUGUUUUUGCCUAUAUUUUCACAGGAUUCUUUAUCUUUAAAGUCAAAUAACGUUACUAAAUAUGCCUUCAGAUGGGUCUUUUGGGUUAAUUUUCUCUGCUACAAGUUGUACUCUUUCAUUAUGGAGAAACAUUUUCUUUUCAAUCAAGAAAAUGGAGUUUGUGAGUUUUCCCUUAUUCUCCUCGUUGCUCUAUGUGACUUUCAAGAAACUUUAUGGUUUUGGAUUCAGAACUAAGCAACUGCUAUGUUCCUAUUGGAAUUUCUUUAAUUUAAUAGCAAUUUAAAAAAAC